AUGGACAUCUUGAAGUCACUGGGUACUCUGCAUAGGUGCCUGCAACUCAGCGCACUCUCACAAUGGAUGGUGGAACGUAAAACUGGCAAAGUGUAUCUCUCGCGACUGCUCGAAUGUUAUGCCAUUUGUACGCUCCUCAUUGCGUUCGCCAUUCUAAUUUUGGACAUUUUUAGUGACGGUGAUUACUUUCGCAUGUCGGAAAAUGAUGUCGGCCAUAGAUUAGACUAUAUACAAUUGCUGGGCAUACGUGUGGCGCAUUUUGUUUCAGUUUUGGAAGCAUAUCUGCGGCGGCACGGUCAAAACACUUUCGUAAAGCAAGUACGCGAAAUGGAUCGUAUAUUCGAAUGUUCAUUAAAUGUGGACGUGAAUAAUGGUCCUCUUCGCCAGAAAAUUUUGCGUCGCGGUGUCGUUAUGAUCCUUAUAUUUGUCAGCGUCGAAGCUUUGAAAUUGUUGGUAUAUUUUCUCGCCUCUGGUCGGAACUUCUCUAUAUAUUGGUUAUUCUAUAUGCUGCCAUUUUUAAUUUGCGGAGUGCGUUAUUUUCAAAUAUUUACCUCUAUUAUGAUUGUGCGUCAUCGCUUAGAUAAACUAGUAACGGCCAUUAAAGAACUAAAUCUGUUGAAUAGCAAGCCGAAGCAGUAUACGUAUCUGAAACAUCAGUACGAUAUGGAGAAUACAGAUAUGAAGCGUUUGCUCAUCAUACGUGAUCUCUACAAUCGUUUGUGGGAGCUGACGGCCACACUCAACAAAGACUUUGGCAUUUCAAUAUUGACCAAUGUGGGCAAUGACUUUAUAUCCAUCACCACGAAUUGUUAUUGGAUGUUUCUGCAGUUCAAUACGUUCUCAGCAUCACUAGAAAAAUUCAUGCAAAUCUCUAGCAACCUCAUCUGGUCCAUAACGCAUCUCUUCAACGUACUAAUGUUAGCAAUGCUCUGUGAGCGUACGGUUCAGCGCACUACGGCAAUUGCUAUGGGCCUGCAUCGCAUUGAAACCAAUAUUUGGAACGACAACCAUAACACCGUGAUCGAGCAAUUCUCUUUACAACUCUUACAUCAAAAGUUGGCCUUCUCAGCCGCUGGAUUCUUUGAUAUCAAUUGUUCAUUACUAUAUACAAUCGCUGGCGCUACAACAACAUAUCUGAUAAUACUAAUACAGUUUCACAUGAGCGAUGAUAAGUAA